AUGAGCAUUGCAGAGCUCCUUGCUAACACGCUCUCCGCUGACCAGCAAAUUCGUAGCGAUGCAGAAAAACAAUUGCAAGCUUUCGUAGUCAACAACUAUGGGCAAUACGCGGCAUUACUGGCUCAAGAGCUUGCUAACGAAUCAGCACAAGCAUUUAUUCGUACAGCGGCUGGACUGGCUUUAAAAAAUACAUUAAUUUCAAAUGAGGGACAAAGAAAACUUGAAUUUUCGCAACGAUGGUUAUCUUUAGAAGAAUCCAACAGGGCGAACAUCAGACAAACGGUGUUUACGACAUUAUCAUCCCCAGAUACCAGAACCUCAUCUACAGCCGCGCAGGUGGUCGCCGCAAUCGCCGCAAUAGAACUUCCUCAGGGGCAAUGGCCUGACCUAAUCAAAAAUAUGUUAGACAACGUACAAAAUACCGAUAAUACUCAACUCAAACAAGCUACACUGACAGCGAUUGGCUUCGUUUGUGAGUCAAUUGAACCUGAAAUUUUAGCCGCACAAUCCGGUGCUAUCCUGACUUGCAUCGUUUCAGGUGCCAGGAAGGAAGAACAAAAUCAAGAAGUUCGGCGCGCAGCUAUAGUUGCUCUUUAUAAUUCAUUAGAAUUCACUCGGGAAAAUUUCGAGCGAGAGGGUGAACGUAAUUAUAUUAUGCAAAUAGUAUGUGAGGCUACGCAAAGUACCGAUGUGAGUGUACAAGUCUCGGCGUUUGAGUGUUUGGUGCGAAUUAUGCAGAUAUAUUACGAUAAAAUGCGGUUUUAUAUGGAAAAGGCCUUAUUUGGGUUAACCGUUUUUGGAAUGAAACAUGAAGAUGAACGAGUAGCGCUUCAAGCUGUCGAAUUCUGGUCGACGGUUUGCGAAGAAGAAAUUGAUUUAGCUCAAGAGGCGUUAGAGGCUGCUGAAACGGGUGAUCAACCAGAUCGCUUGAGUCAUAACUUUGCAAAAGCUGCACUUCCCGAAAUCUUACCUGUUCUUAUGUGGCUGCUUACAAAACAGGAAGAAGAGGCGGAUGAAGAAGAUUGGAAUGUCUCGAUGGGUGCCGGAACAUGUUUAGCUCUACUAGCUCAAUGUGUUGAAGAUGCCGUCGUUGGACCUGUUAUUCCAUUCGUGGAAAAUAACAUUCGUAGCAGUGAAUGGCGAUAUCGUGAAGCAGCCGUCAUGGCUUUUGGAUCUAUUCUUGAGGGUCCUGACCAUAAAAUGCUCGCGAAUCUAGUGAAUCAAGCUUUGCCUGUUUUGAUUGAUAUGAUGAAAGACCCAUCACCUCAGGUUAAAGAUACUACUGCAUGGACCUUGGGACGUGUCUCGUAUCUUUUGAUAGAAUGUAUUAAACCCGAUGUUCAUCUUCAUCCUCUUAUUGCCUCGUUGGUUUAUGGACUUAAAGAUUCGCCUCGAAUUGUCUCGAAUUGCUGUUGGGCAAUAAUGAGUUUAUCCGAUUCUUUUGGUAGUAGUAAGGAUGGAGCAUCGCCAGCCUAUCCACUUUCACCUUAUUUUGAAGGAAUUGUCACUGAACUCUUAACCACCACCGAAAGAACUGGUAACGAAUCUAAUGCGCGAACAUCAGCUUACGAGUGUAUUUCCAGUCUGGUUACAGGUGCAGCUUUGGACUGCUUUGGUACCAUCCAAAAGUUGACUGUUACUAUUAUUGAAAGAUUAGAAUUAUCAAUCACCCAACAUAACCAAAUUCUAGGACAAGAUGAGAGAACUGCUCAUUCAGAGUUGCAAUCAAACCUUUGCAGUGUUUUAACGAGUAUUAUACGUAAACUCAGAACCGAAGUCGCACCAUUUGCUGAUAGAAUAAUGACCACACUGAUUACUAUGUUUGGAACACAACACAAAGCUUCUACUACACUAGAAGACGGUUUCUUGGCAGUAGGAGCUAUGACAACCGCUCUUGAAACUGAUUUUACGCGUUAUCUGGAUGCCUUUGCACCAUACCUCUACCAAGCGCUUUCAAAUCACGAGGAGCAUCAACUCUGUAGUAUUGCUGUCGGGCUUAUUGGUGAUAUUUGUCGUGCACUUCAAGAGCAAUCGUUGCCUUACUGUGAUACCUUUAUGAAUGUUCUCUUGCAAAAUCUACAAAGUCCGGUUCUUCAUCGAGAUGUGAAACCAGCAAUUCUUUCUUGUUUCGGAGAUAUUGCACUUGCAAUAAGUGGUCGAUUUGAUGUAUAUCUAGAAGUGGUUAUGAUGGUUCUUUCACAAGCGAGUAACAUGCGUGCAACGGAAAAUAACUAUGAUAUGAUAGAAUAUGUAAAUAAUCUUCGUGAAGGUAUUCUUGAGGCAUAUGUCGGCAUUGUUCAAGGCUUAAAGACUGGUGAAAAAGCGGAUUCGCUCGCACCAUAUGUAAACCAGAUCUUUCAAUUCUUAUCCAAUACUUAUAAUGAUCCUGAAAGAGGUGACACGCUUAUUCGUGGAAUAAUUGGCUUAUUAGGUGAUUUGGCUGAGGCAUUCAAUGACGGACAAAUCAAGGCAGCCUUCCAUCAAGACUGGGUUUCAGCCGCGUUAAAAGAAGGCAGGACAAAUCGAAGCAUGCCAGGAAUAAGGGAAGUCACUAGAUGGGCUAAAGAGGUACGGUUAGAAGAAUAA